UCUGUUUAAUAGGUGGAUAGAAAUAUUUGUAUACGUAUAAAAAACUAUUCUUGAUAAAAUAGUAAACUAGAUUAAUGAAAAGUGUAGGAAACAAUGUAAAUAAUUUCUUUGAGGAAAAAUCAAAGUGUAGAAAAAUAAAUGUAAUCACAACUAUUACUUCUUUCAGUCCCCUUUCAUAUGUCCUAUAGAACAAUAAAUUAUUUAUGAUGGUGUGUUGGUAUAUUAAGUGUAUCCUGAAAGAGAAAGAAAGAAAGAAGAUUGAAUCAUUUCGUAUCAUUUUUCAAAACUUUUCAUUGACGAGUGUAAUACUUUCAAAGAUUAUUUUGAUAACAAGACAAAAGAUACAGUAGUUGUACAUAAUUAUUAUAAGUUAAUAUCUAAGAAAAAAAUCGUGAUAAAUACUGUUAGCAGUUUACUGCUAUUUUUUCUGGAAAAGCAAUGAAUCAACAUACAUUAUACAAUCCAAUUGAAUCAGUUUUCAACAGUUCAAAUUCUAAUUCACAGUUUCGGUUUGAUUGUGACUUUACAAAUUUUCUAACAUUUUUACAGAACAAUCAAACAUUGAAUUCUUUUUCAUCAACAAAUGUGCAUUCCUCUUCUUGUCGAAAUAAAUUCAUGCCAAAUUGUAAAGAGUUAUUUCCGUACACCAUCGAAAACGGAACUACUUCUAUGGAUAAUUCAGUUGAUGUAACAGUAAAACAAAAACAUCAAAUCACUGAGAGAUCUCCGACAAAUUCAGUACCAAACUCAAAUAAUUACGCAAGAGAUGAUACGAAAUUUAGUUAUUUGUUAAAUCAACAUGAUCACGCAUUAUAUUCUCACUUGAAGAAUAACAACACACAACCAAAUCAUUUUGACAUAUUAAGAUCAUUUUCAUCACCAUUAGCAUCAUCUUCGACAUGUGUCACAACACAAUCGCCAAUGACAUCAUCAUCAUUAUUAUUGUUAUGGCUGAGCCGUUUAAAUGAAUUAAUUUAUGAAAAUCCACAGGAGCUGACAGAGACUAAUUUUAUUUACAAAACUUUGACAAAUUUAUUAUCCGAAACAUCAACAUCACAUUUCAGUAAUGAUGGUCACAAAUCUGUCUUAAAUAAUUUAAACAACUGUCUUGAUUCAGCAAACAUUCAAAAUCAGACAAAGCGUCAUUCAUAUUUAUACAAUAAGAUGUAUAGUGAUCAGGAGCAAACUGGAAAUUGUACACUGACUCCAGGGAUAAUACCUACAAACCACAGUAAAAUUCGUGGUCCAGCAAAUGUAACAUUUUCUAAAUUAUGGGAUGAUAAUAAGUCUUUAAGUUGUGAUAUUAAACUAAAUGAUAUAUACAGUAAAUGUUGUAAGACAAAUAGAGGUAGAUAUCAAGAGGAAUUGAAUUAUUCACCGUCUUCAUCAAUAACUUCAACCGUUUUUCCUUUUUUCAAUUCUUUAAUGGAUAGUAGAAUGAUGAGAGAAAAUUGCAAGGAAUUAAAUGACAAUAAUGAUAAAAAAUCCUCAGUUCAACUUGACAAAAUGUGUACAAUUGACCGUAUACUGUAUAAUGAAGCCAGUAAAUGGGAUAACUUACUGAGUAACAAAAGUAUUACACAUUUAUCCGAUUCACCAAUACCAUUCAAUGCAGAUAAACCAAUAAAUCUUAUCAACUCAGGAAAUACUGACCACUGGAAACUAAAUAAUGAGUGUAACUUAAACAAAUGUGUACGUCUUAUUAAUGGAGAGAUUAAAAUGAGAGAAGAUUUAUCAGUUUCUGACUUUAUAUCUAGUGCUAUAAAAUAUGAUAGUUUUAAUAAAUCUACAUAUGAUAAUGGUUCAUUGAUUGAAGCGUUAGCAAGUACAAAUAAUUUAGAAAUGUGUUGGGUAAAAUUAAUUCAAAUUAAAAAUGAUUUAACUAAUAAUAAUAUCAAUUUAUCAAGUGAAUUAACAUUUAUUCAAUCUUCAAAACGUCAUCACUUAUUAGUUGGUAAAAAUGAAAAAAAUUGUAGUAAACAAGCUUCACGUAUGUUGUGGCCUCAUUUCAAUGCUAAAAGUUUUAAUGUGGAUAAAAAACUAGUACUGAAUGUCGCUAAUGAUUAUCCAUUUUUUGUUUACGGACAUGGAUGGUCAUCUAUUGAGCCAAAUUUAACAUUUAAUCAACAAGAUCUAUCAUGUAGACAGUUGAAAACAGAUGAUAUUUGUUUAGUACUGACCUACUGUGUUUUAUCUGCUAGUAGGAAGAAUCGUGUUACCACUACUAAAUCAUGUACCUAUAAAAUGGCCUUGUCAAAUGAAAAUUAUCCUGUAAAUUUUAAAUCACAAUCAACUCCAAAAUCAGUUCCAUUUUUAAAUGACGAUGCCAAGAACAAUUAUUUACCGUUAACUGGAUCAGAAAGAAAGUUCAACAAUGAAAUCAAUCCUGAAUUUCUUGAUUAUCAGAAAAUUCCAAUAAAUUUAAAAAUGAAUUCAAAUGAUCAUUUAUCUUCAAUCUCUUAUUGUACAGAAAAGAAUAAUAAAUUAAAACAAUAUGAUUCUAAUAUGCUUAUAAUGAAAAAACCAAAAUUAGAAUUAUCUUAUAAAAAAACAAUUAAAUCAAAUACAAUGUUAUCACAUCCAUUUUCUGCUUAUAAUUUAGCUAAAUCACCAGAAAAUUUAUAAAAUGGAAAUAAAAUACAUAAUGAAAACUAAUAAUUCAAUACAAACAAUAGUCAAAGUUCCUGUAUUAAUUACAUUACUGUACAGUAGUACAAAAGAUCUAAUCAACAACAAAGAAAGUCCAGGAUAAUUUCAUGCUGUGAAACAUCUUGACAAAAGAAAAUUAAUUUAUAAUGAUUUAAAAUAUAACUUGAUUUUUUCUCUCUGACGUUUAGUUAUUUUUCAUUUGUUCAUAUAAUAAUUGGGUUGUUGUGUUUCUUCAGUUGUGAAGCUCAUGAACUACUUAUUCUAUAGCUGAGAUCAUGAGUCAAUUGAAACU